UAACAAUGGCGCUAACUACAACGUGCAUUUUGCGGAAGUUACUACAACACGAGUUGACACAUUGCAGGCCAAAUCAGCUGGUGUUCUUUUGUUGAGGCGCGACUUCCUCUAUUCUACUGUUCUAGUCUAGCUCUGCUACUUUUGUCAGUGUGGGGGUCUUGCAUGUUUUGCAAGACACAUUUCCAAUGAGCCAUGGCGACAGCCCUGUAUGUUCUUGUUGUUACCCUUGUGUGCCUGGCAGUGACUCCUGUUGUAUUUGCUGAUGACUGCGAUGCUUACAAUGAUAUAAGAGGCAUAUACCAUUCCAGCAUAUUCUGUGGCAGACAGUUCUGUUGUGGCACAUGUUACAACAGAUACUGCUGUACAGACUCCUUCCGUAAGUUCGAUGACGACGUAUGCACCAGCUUCAGUUCUUUCGGCACUGUAGGAACUGCAGCCGUCAUAACAGGUAGCAUCUUUGUAAUCGUCGUAUUCAUCUGCUGCUGUGUGUGCCCCUGCUGCUGUCUGUACAAAAUGUGCAGAAGCCCCAGACCGGUUGUAGCAACCACAACCCACACUGUGAUCAACACAUCAUACCCCCAGCAGCCAACUGCUUCAUCCAACCAACGCUACCAAGCAACUCAUUAUUCAGGAUACCAGCCAAUGCCAGUUCAGCAAAGCUAUGGGGGCCAGCCCAUGCAACCAGCAUAUGGGGGCCAGCCCAUGCAACCAGCAUAUGGGGGCCAGCCUAUGCAACCAGCAUAUGGGGGCCAGCCUAUGCCCACUGCUCCCUACCAGGGGCAGCCAUGUAUGCCAGGACCACCUCCACCUUACCAAGAAGCUGGUACUAGGUUCCCAGCUGCAGUGCCUUAUAGUCAGGCAGCGUUCGCACCAGGACAAACACCCUACCCCCUUCAACCCCCUGGCCAGUUGCCCCCACAGCCUGGCCAGUUGCCCCCACAGCCAGACCUUCAGUCCAGCCAGCCGGCCUACAACCCUGCGUACGUGGAGCCUCAGCCACCAAAAACGGGCUAUUAAACCACAAGAGGGGGGUGUGUGUUCAGGAAGCUAGGACGAUGACAACAUUGGAUAGAAAUGUUAAGUCUAGAGUAGACCUGAGCAAUUAUGCUCAUGACAUUGUGUGUGAAAGAUUCAGACCUGCUGUACAUUUCUAUCUGGAUGUUGUAUAACGUUGCAGCUUUCUGACCAGACCUGAGCCCAGCCUCCUUAAAUGUGUAAUGCAUUGUGGGAUCGAAACAUUUGAUCAUCAGUCCAUUCACAAAUGCAGUGGGAACAUUUUCACCAGUGAAUGUGAACUGAACUCUUGAGUGGCACUGAGUUCUAUAUAAUAUUGUUACCAUUGAUGCAAAAAGAAAAACACCCAGUAUUCAGUUAUGACAGAUUCUUAUAUAUAAUGUAUUCCUACUAAAAAUUGUUUUGUCCAUGAAGUGACUACAACAGCAUUGUCCAUGCACAAUCUAGUUUUUAUACACCAAUUUGAUUUUUUCAUUUAAUGAACUAGCAAUUAUCAAAAGAAAUGCCAAAAUUCUAAACUAUCAGUGGUCUGCCAGUCCCAAUUUAGUAUAAUCAUCUCAUGCUCUUAUUUAUCAGGUAUGACAGUUCCGGGCCUUUACAUCAUCAUUAAUGGAAAGGGAUGUUGCUGAUACUAGCCAUAAGUGAAUGUACUCUGUUCACACCUCAAAGCUGUGUGGAUUUCAGUAUAUGUCCUGGCCAGUAUAGAAUUAGAAACUUAGUGCAACAGUUGUGCCUUCUUAA